CACAUUUCAGUCUGUGAAAGUGCACGCUCGAGUGCGGACUUCAUUCAGCAGCGGCAGCGGCAACGAGCUUUUGAGUGGGCCUGUGCAGUGUGUUUAGCAAGUUAAUUUAGUGACCUCUGGAAGUGUGGCAGCGGACGAACUGUAGCCGAUAACCAGCGCUGCCCAGGUGUGGACGAGAUUGAUUGAAUUCCGGCAGCAGUAAUGACGCAGACUUCGAACGGAGAGGCCACGGCGGUGCCUCGGCUGGUGACGACCAUCGCGAACAAGUACCCCACGUUCCGGGAUGUGCCGCUGAAGACACCGUACCUGUGGCUGGAGGGACGACGUCACGACGAUGGAGCCGAGGGUCUGUGGCGGAUCCACGACACGCUGUACGAUUUGACCGAGUUUGCGGACCGGCAUCCGGGGGGAGCUUCGUGGAUUAAGCUUACAAAGGGAACGGACAUCACCGAAGCGUUCGAAACGCACCACAUCAGCACCCGGGCGGAGAGUUUGCUGCCCAAGUUCAAGAUCCGGGAAGCGAAGGAGCCCCGGAACGUAAGGUUGACCUUCGCGGAUGAUGGGUUCUACCGGACGUUGAAGCGACGGGUGAGGGACAAGUUGCCGGAAAUUGAUCGCACUUCCAUCGCGACCUCCCGGUUGAUUAUCGACUCACUGCUGACGGCGGCGAUCGUGCUGGCACUGGGCGCCGUAAAAAGUGACAGCUACCUGGUGGCGGCCGCGAGUGGUCUGUGCGUGUGCUGGACCAUGAUCGCUGCUCACAACUUUUUCCACCAGAAGGAUAACUGGCGGAUGCGGUUGUUUAAUUUGGCGUUUGUCAGCUACAGGGAAUGGCGGAUUUCACACGUUCUAUCGCACCACCACUAUCCAAACUCGAUCAUGGACCUGGAGAUUUCGUACUUCGAGCCGAUACUGUGCUGGCUACCGAACCCUCAGCUCAAGGGAAACAUUCAACGCUUCGGAGCCUGGAUCUACGGACCUUUUAUGUACUCGUCAGUGUUCAUUGGAGAGUUUGGGAAAAGAACAAUUUCAACAAUCACAUCCGGUAAAAAUGAGUUCUUCGCCGAUGACUUGAUAACGUUAAUUUUGCCCACCCUAAUGUACCUGGUUGACUCGAGUUGUCUGUUUGGGGUGCUUAAAAUGUGGCUCCUUAUCGUCGUGGUGGCCAGCUUCUGCUUUGGAUUGAUUGGGCUGAACGCUGCCCAUCACCAUCCGGAGGUUUUCCACUCUGGAGACAAGAUUCCGGACGAAAUCGACUUUGGCGUGUACCAGAUCGCAACCGUAAUUGAUCGGGCCGACGUGAAGGGGUCCCAGUUUGCCGUCCUGACAAGCUUUGGGGAUCACUGCCUGCAUCACAUGUUCCCAACGUUGGACCAUGGCAUCCUGCCGCAGCUGUAUCCGGUGUUCCACAAGACCUGCGAGGAGUUUGAGACGACCUACCGGGAGUGCUCCUGGUUGCAUCACAUAAUCGGGCAGCAUCGGCAGCUGGCCCGGGUGGAGCCUCAAGUGUACAAUCCGUCGAAAAAGUGGCAGUGAUGGUUUCUGCAGUUUGUAUAUUUUGUGGAACAUGUGCCAAAGAUGAACUUUAUAGUUUGCAAAUACGACUGAGGUCUGUAGUUUUUAGACAAAAAUAACAUUUUGCGGGUACUAGCCACAGCAGACUAGAACAAAACAGGGUACUUUUAGUGACAGUGAUACAUAUGUGCUAAUAAAAUUCUUAUGCUUAUGCUCCAGUGACAGAUGUUUGUAAAUAAAAUAAUCGUGAAAAGAUAA